CACAUCCAGUCACUGAGAUCGAGACUCUUCCUUUUCACAUCAGCGUGAUUUUCAGAGGACAUUUUACAUAAAAAAAGGGAGAGUGGGAAAACCCUACACUCUGGUUUUCGGGUUUUGCCAAAGGAAGAGGAGUCUAGUGUUCACAGAGACAUUAGAAGAAGAGGUUAUGAGCAGUGGUUUGAAUAAGAUUCUGUUUCCUCUGCUUCUGUACUUUACCAUUAACUAUUCAAGAUCACUAUCCACAACUCUGAAUGCCUCAAUGCAUUCUGUAAAUAUGAAGCACAUCCUUAAAUGGAGCCUUUUGCAAGCAUCCUGUUCCAUGGCUAACUACUCUGUGCAGUUUCAAGGGGAGUACGAGUUAUACAAUCUUAACGCAACAUGGGUGGAUGCAUAUGACUGCCAAGAGAUCAGUGAAAACUGGUGUGACCUCACCCAUGACUUGGCCUCCAACUCUGACUACAGUAUCCGAAUAGAGACAAACUGUGAUGGCCAGAAAUCAUGGGCACAGCUACCAGCAACCUUCAACAGGAAAGACACAGUGUUACUGGUUCCAAAAAUGAUAGUAAAUGUGGAGGGGGAUCCAGUACAGGUGGGCUUUAGCACAACUCUUUCUGGUGUGACUGUCAACCUUAAAGUCUGGCAGGAGGGAGACGAACAGAAUGCCUUAAUUUAUGUGAUCAGAGAUUAUCCCUAUAAUUUUUCCAUUGCUGCCCAUCGAGGGAAAGAGAAGAUGUGCUUCAAGGCAGAAGCACUGGUAGAAGCCGUUAACAAGAGCUCCAGCACUGACAUACAGUGUGUCAUCAUUCCAAAGCAGAUACCUGACUUUAUGAGGCCGUUGAUGAUGGGCAUUUCUGUAGUGAUAGCAGUUACUGUGGCUUUUAUUCUGGGAUGGUUGGCAAAACAUUUUGGUCCAAAGAUCAAACACACUUUUUGUCAAAGGGAGACCAUUCCCAAUGUACUGUUUGAUGACUGGCCAACUAGAACACCCAUCCUUUUUACCGAUGUUUCACUGGAGCCUACAGACCCACUUUUGCUGCUCUUCCCAGCUGAACAUCAGUGCACAGUGCAGUUUAGAGGGACCUUAUUGAGUGAGGUGGAAUGCAGAACAUGAAAAAUUGUGAAAUAGUAUAUAAAAAUUAUGUUUCAGUACAUACCUCUGUUUUGAAGUCACAGUUUGGUACAUUUUCUGUACAGCAGGGGGGAUAACUAAACAUUUGCUGGACUGUUUCUCUGUCUUUAAAUAAAUUAAAAAUGUUUAGAACUGAAAAUUAUAAAAGUAGCAAUUUUGCUUUCACAUUACUAUAAGAUUAAAGGUCACAAUUAAUAAAAGAGCACCCCACUUCUCAGUGACAUAAUAACAACAAUAACAAUAAUAAUAAUAAUAAUAAUAAUAAUAAUAAUAAUACAAUUAUUUAAACCACCAUUUUAAUAAUCCUUUUUGGAAUAGUGGUUUUCUGGGCCCCCUCUCUGGUAUAGUGACCUCAGUCAUGUGCCCGGUAGGCCCUUGCAUUAAUAUGGCCAUGAGAACAAUUAUUAACUGCUUGACUUUCUGCAGUAUUUAGACUGAAAAGAAAUGGCUAUUGAUAUAUUUUGGGCUGUUUGUUAAAUUGAUCAAUUUGCCUCUUUAUUAGCAGAACUACACUUGUGGAACAUAAUAUAAAAAGUGUCAAAAAAGGAUUUCAAAAGCUAAAACUGUUUUUAUUAUGCAUGAACAACUGUGUGAAAUGAUUUGUCAUCUACAAAUGACAAAUACACAUAGUAAAUAAGAAAUAAUUAUAGUUAUGUCACGUUAUUGCAUUCUCUGUCUAAAUUUCUUUGAUCCCCAAUUUUAAUUACUGUGUUAUUCUGGUAAUUAACAUUUGUAUUAAAUGCUUAAAGAGCAUGCAUUUUGUGUAUGUCUAUGGAUUGUAGGUGUAUUAUCUCAGUAUUGGUAUAAGUAUACAAAACAGAUAUUUUUUCUUACCAAGUCAUAGCUGUUAUAUACCUCAUUUUACAAUAACAAGUUCUUGAAAAUAUGAACCUAAAAUGGGAAUCUAUUUAAAGGAGAAGCUAUUUAAAAGAGAGGAAUGGCCACAGCAAUAUGCAGAGUCAAGAAAAGGUUGUGCAAUCUGUGAAAAAAAUGUAUUGUCCAGUACUAUUUUGACAGUUAUUCUCUUUUGAGGUAAAACAGAGAAGUUUAUCAGAUCAUCUCAAUGUAUGUUUGAGAAAAUCCCAAAGAACAUCUUGAAACAAGAUGGUGGAGGGUGAGAAAGAAGCAGAGUGGGAUUUACAAGCCUGCUUCUACUGCACUGAUUGUUUUGUAGAAGUAUUUUUGAUAUUGUAGAUUGUUUUUGAGGCUGCAGACACUGAUCAGGAUAAGCUCACUGACAACAUGACAUCCUACAUCAGUUUCUGUUAGGACAUGUGUGUUCCCACCAGGACUUAUUUAACCUUCUGCGGUCCAAGGUGAUUUUAGGACCCUUGAGAUGUUUUGUCAUGCCCUACAAUUUGUGCUUAUUUCAGCUACUUAUAAUAUAAUAUUGGUCAAUGUGUAUUUUUUUUUAGUAUUCAUCAAAAACUGUGCUACAAUAUUAUGUGAGCAAGAUUGUUCUAAGUGUUUGCACUUUUUAAAAUAAAAUGUUAGUAAUUAUUA